UGCAUUGCAUUUAUUCGGCCAUUAAUACACUGAAUACUGCUUGCAUUAAGAGUGUGCAUAGCAGGACGACAAACCGAAAACCAUCCUGCAAAGAGAUAGCUAUUUUUGAUAUGCCAUGACGGAAAGCAGAGAGUGAGUUUCCAGACUCAGCCGAGUUUAAGCGGCAAAAGACAGAUGCCAAAGCAGCAUCAAAUACUUUACUAGUAGCCACUUGGUUGACCCAUUGGCCGUUCCAUCGAUGGGGGCAAGAUGCUGUACAUUGUCACAAGGACAAAGAACAGAGCCACUGGCAGUUGCAUCAAGAAUUCGCAAGGCAGCGAAAACCAAUAACUUGAAGACCUACAAGGAGUUUCAGGAUGCAUACACGCUCAAGGCGGCAGUGCGGCCUGGAGCUUCUGCGCUGUCUGCGAACCUCAAAGAGUUGGGCAAAGUGUUUGUUUGCCGGAAGCUGAAGAAAGCAAAUGUCCCUUGCAAGACGAGCACUGAUGUAGCCAACUACUGCAAGGCCUUGAGCGAUCUUGAGCAUCCACACUUGUGCCGGUUCAUCGAGGCCUUUGAGGACACGACGUACAUCUACAUGAUCUACGAGAAGGCAGGCACAAAGACCCUCUUCGAGCACAUCUUGGAACGAGCAUCCCUCACCGAGGAAGAAGCUGCUGACUAUUUACACCAGGCUGCUAUGGCACUAUCGGUGUCCCACUCUCAGGGCAUCGUUCAUGGCCGCUUGUCGCCCAAAUCACUGAUUCUUGAUGAAGAGGACCCAACUGAAGAGGACUGCGAUGUCCAGAUAAAGAUUUGUGACAUGGGGCAGGGCUUCAUCCUGAGACCGUUGCUCUUUGCAACCGAAGAGACAAAGGAGGGCUUGGAGGUGGAGCAAUAUGCCUGUUCGCCAGAGUAUGUCCAACAGGAGCUGGAGACCACGGGUAGCCUUGACCUGCCGCGUCACGCGGAAAAGAACGACAUUUGGGCGUUGGGAAUGAUUUUCUUCCACAUGCUGUCUGGAAGCAUGCCCUUCCAGGCGACGGAUCGUGCAACCUUGAUGCGGUCAGUGGGUCAAAAGCCCAUCGUCUACGAGGAAAGCGCUUGGAGCAAGCUGUCUUCUAGUGCUCGGGAGGUAGUGGAGCAGAUGUUGCGGGUGAAUCCAGCAAUCCGGAUCUCCGCCUCGAACCUCUUGAAGCAUCCAUGGAUCAAGGUUGCCCGCACCACGUUCCCACGCCGCCGCAUGGUGGUGAUGCUGAACAACUUGCGGUUGAAUGUGCAGGAGAGCGAAUUCAAGCGUUUUGUCCUUCGAGUGAUUGCUGAGCAGUUGCCCAGGGACAGCAAGACGGAGCAGGCUGUUGAAAAGGCCUUUCGAUGUCUUGACCGCAACGGUGACGGAGUCCUGACAGUGGAAGAGGUGGUCAAAGGAUUGAAGAAGCAUUUGGAGGUCAAGGAUGAGAAGGACUUGGCAGCUCUUUUCGCACAAGUUGAUCGAGAUGGUUCUGGGACCAUCAAUGUACAGGAGUUCUUGGCCGCUGCCAUGGAUCAGAACCGAAUCAGCGGGCUACCAAUCUUGUGGGAGGCAUUCAGUGCAUUUGACAAAGACCGCGGUGGCACUAUCAGCAAUGAUGAAAUCGGGAAGAUUGUGAAAGAGCUGGAGGGGCAGCUUGUGUCCAUGGAAGUGGCGGAGUCUUGUGCUCAAGCCAUACAACGGGAGCUGGAACAGACAGGCAAUUCGGGGGACCUGGAUUUCGAGCAGUUCGUGUAUUUGAUGAAGACUCGGCCCACGCCUGUCGAUUUGCUGAAUACCCAAAUAACCCGUGCCUUUUGGGGCUUCGGCAUGGACUGCUACCAGGUGCGCCAUCGAGAGCCCGAGAGGUGGGAUAUUACCAAAGAGCAUCCUAAAGCAAAUCGCUCAGUAUAUCGCCGCCGUGCCCCUCGUAAGAAAGGAGAUGAGGAAGAGCCUGUACUGGCAGGAUGAGUUGGAUGAGUGGAGGAUGUGGCAAAUGGAUGCAAAUGGUGGGUGCACAACCCCUGAGGAGUUCUGAAGCUGCCAAGGCUGCCAAGCAGCAGGCAGGGCGCAGUGGCGCAGUGGAGUCCGGUCGCUAAAGGCGUUCUGGAUCUCCAGAGGGCCAUUCGGCCAUGGGCUUUUUGGAUCUCUGGCCGGCUCUAAGCCUUUGAGCCUUCGGGAUUGCUUGUGCGCUGGUAGCACCACUUGCGAUGCCUCUUACAGGCUCUUCUUUUUUUUGUGUAGCGUUGGCUGUUGAGGCUGUUGGGCCUGGGCCUGCUGGAGACACAAUGAUAAUGCCUCACGAGGAUCCAAGGACUUUUCA